AUGACCCAGUUCUUCUCCUCCAACCCAUCCUCCCUCUCCUCCGAGAAGCGCACCUUUUCCGGCCUCCCCCUUUCCUCCAACAAGUCCGUUACCAGCUCCAACAGCCAAGUCUCCCAAAAAAUCAAGUCCUUCUUCCGCAUCAACAGCCUCGGAAGCAACCACGCCGACCCCAAGCACCAUGGCGCCCACGAUCCCUCCUCCCACCUCUCCGCCCCCUCCAAACCCGACUCCAAACCCGGCUUCCGCCAAUCUCGCUUCCUCCCCCACAUCGGCCGCAACCGCAGCACCACCGUCGCCUCCGAAGGCCACCCCCUCGACGAAACCAUGUCCCCCACCGCCAAUGCCAAUCCCUACUUCAUCCACCAAGGCCCCCCCGCCCUCCGCCAUCACAACGACGGCAGCGUGCCUCCCUCCCCCCCGGACACCCCGCAGAUGGCCCAAGCUAAAGCCGACGCCGUCAGCGGCGCCAACGACCAGGCCAUCACCGCCGGGAAGGAGGAGCUGGCCCGCAAGCUGCGACGGGUAGCGUCCGCGCCGAACGCGCAGGGGCUGUUCGCCGGCUCGAAAGGCGCGGAGCGGCCGCAGACCGCGGAGCUGGGGAAGGAGCCGCUGGUGCAGUACCACCACGCCAACGCGUCGGCGCUGAGCAUGGUGGAGACGACGCCGGCGGCGACGGGGGGGGUGUUGACAGGGAGUGCGGAGCAUCUGCCGGUGCCGAGUAUCACGGGGUUGCCGACGCCGGGGCAGAUUCGGAAUAGCGUGGCGUUUCGGAGGACGUAUAGUUCGAAUUCGAUUAAGGUGCGAAACGUGGAGGUGGGGCCGGGGAGUUUUGAUAAGAUUAAGAUGAUUGGGAAGGGGGAUGUGGGGAAGGUGUAUUUGGUGCGAGAGAAGAAGUCCUCGCGACUGUACGCCAUGAAGGUUCUCAGCAAGAAGGAGAUGAUCAAGCGGAAUAAAAUCAAGCGGGCGCUUGCGGAGCAGGAAAUUCUCGCGACGAGCAAUCAUCCUUUCAUCGUCACGCUAUACCAUUCCUUCCAGUCCGAGGACCACCUCUAUCUGUGCAUGGAAUACUGCAGCGGCGGCGAGUUCUUCCGAGCCCUUCAAACCCGUCCCAACAAAUCCGUCGACGAAGACGCCGCUCGCUUCUACGCUGCCGAAGUUACCGCUGCUCUCGAAUAUCUCCACCUUAUGGGCUUCAUCUAUCGCGACCUCAAACCCGAGAACAUCCUCCUCCACCAGUCCGGCCACAUCAUGUUAUCGGACUUCGACCUCUCCAAACAAUCCGACGCCGGCGGCAAGCCCGGCAUGGUGCUCGGCCGCAACGGCAGCUCGAGCAACGGGCUCCCCGCCGUCGACACGAAGGCGUGCAUCGCGGAUUUCCGCACCAAUUCGUUCGUCGGGACCGAGGAGUAUAUUGCGCCCGAGGUCAUCAAGGGGUGCGGACAUACCAGUGCGGUCGAUUGGUGGACCCUCGGUAUCCUGAUCUACGAGAUGCUGUACGGAACCACCCCGUUCAAGGGGAAGAACCGCAACGCGACGUUCGCGAACAUCCUACGCGAUGAGGUGCCUUUCUCUGAAGGAUCCGGCGCGCCGUCAGUAUCCACCCUCUGCAAAUCCCUCAUACGCAAACUCCUCAUCAAAGACGAACUCCGCCGCCUCGGCUCCCGCGCCGGCGCCUCCGACGUCAAAGCGCACCCCUUCUUCCGCAGCACACAAUGGGCGCUGCUCCGGCACAUGAAGCCGCCGAUCAUCCCCAACCCGGCGCGUGGAAUCGAGACGGUCAACUUCCGCAACGUGAAGGAGAGCGAGAGCGUGGACAUCGGGGCGGCGAGGAUUAAGGGGGUGCCGUUGGACUCGGGGCUGGAGACGCCGGGGAACGAGAUCCCCGAUCCGUUUGAGGAGUUCAAUAGCGUGACGUUGUUGCAUGAGGGGGAUGGGAGGCAUUAGAUGGGUGAUCUGGCUUGGGGGACUAAAAGUCGUGAAGAGGUGGAAGGGGAGAUGGGUGUGGAAGCUCGAGCCGGAAGAAGAGAAAGACGAGGAACGUACGACGUGCAGCUGCAGCCAUCCGGAAGCAUGCAACGGCCUCCUUCACGACACGCUUUCCAUGAGCAUAUUUUUCUUUCUUCAUACGUCCGCGGCGCCAGGAUAGAUGAUCGGCGUCGGUGUUUUUUUUUCGCACAACUCAUCCGGGGGGGGUGUUUCGGCUUGCGUUUACUUUUGCUCCCUUCUUUCGUUCGAUGCGCGGCGCUGCUUUCUACCCUGCCCCUGGGCCGCCGCAAUCCAUGACGCGCGCGGGCGAUCUAUUUGAUGGCAAGAGGCCGCGAUGGAUGGAGUGUGUGGGAUGGACGGGAGUGAGGGGAUUGACGUGUAUACUGUACAGCUCUAUCGUUAGUCUUGUU